UGUGCAGCUGCCCCCCGCAGUAGCAAACGUUCUCGAUGGCAAAUGAUGCAAUCACUCGUGAAGUACUGCCGCUAACUGCCGUCGGAGAUGGAUCGGCGAUGCAACGUGACGUGCUUACAAAGACUAGAAGGCGAACAGGGGUUGGGACGCGGACUCGUCAUGACGCGUGCGGCUCAGAUUGCGACGCGGACGAGAGUAGGGACCUAGCUUGCACGCAUGUUUUGGAGCAUAUGCCAAGUGAGACAGAAUAUAGAAACAAGUCAGACAGACCGGCUUGCGAACCUUCCGCAUUCCGAGAUUGAGCAGCGUUCCGACGCUUCCACGCCAUCCGUCGCGACAACUGUCAAACUACCUUUGGGCCAGCCACCCAGGCUUCCUUUCACCGUCACCACACAUAGCCAUAAUCUCCGCCAUCACCGCCACAACCCCAACCUUUUCUAUGCGCACCCCGUACCACACACCACGAUGACGUCCUCAGCGGCCGGCUCAACCGCCUUCUUCAUCCUCUCCCUCCUCUCCAUAUGCGGCGCCGUCCUGCUGCUCCUCCGCUACUACCUCCCGCUCCGCACCACACCCGCAUACGUCGUCGUACCCGUCUUCUUGGCAAUAGCGCUGCCGGCCAGCAUUGUUGUGCUCCUGCCGAUCGAUCUCGCGAGUAGUGCUGGGUUGGAUACAACGGAUGGCGCGAGGGGCAUCUGGCUGAAUGACACGGUUGUGUACAAGGCAUGGCGCAUUAUCUACUGGCUCACGUUCGCGCUUACUUGGGCGAUCCUGCCUAUGCUGGGCGAGUACUGCGAUAGUGGGUACAGAGAGCCCAAGGCAAGGUUGCAGUAUGCGCUUCGGAGUAAUGGGCGCUACUGGCUCAUUGUGGCUGGAUGCAGUAUCGUUGGCUCAAUCUAUCUGGUUAUCUGGAACGGGUUCGAGGCGGAUACGUUUAAGAGUUUGGUUAUGGCGCUGGCGUAUACUUGGGGUCUGAUACUGGGUAUCUACCUCAUGGGCCAUGGACUUGUCGCAUUCCCCAGGAGCCUGUUUCGGUACGCGAGUGUUAGUGAGAGGUUGAAGAGGAUACAGAGUUCGGCGCCAAAGGUCCACGAGAGGUUGACUGAGGCGCUGGAGAAGCUGGAUCAGUAUGAAUACCAGGUGGUGCAGCUCAAGCAGAGGAAGAACGGCACGGCGCGGGAGUUUCAAGAGUGGAUUGAUGAGCUGGCGGAGAAGGGCAACCUUCCGGAGAACAGGGCGGGUGUCGUUGGACGUAUGGGUACGGCGACGGUGCCUCCAGUCAUCACGGAAAGAUAUCUGGCAGACCUCACGAGGAAGCUAAAGCGAGCGCGCCAUGCGAAAUGCCGGUUCGAGAACGAAUGGGAUCAUGUUGUGCGGAGGGCAGUAAGGACACAGGCCAUCCUCGAUUCGAAAGCCAGCAAACAUCUCGAGUUCAAAGGUGCCGCGUUGCCAACCUCGAGAGGACUGUUCGAUCGCAUAACUAUCCUCACGCCACUUACGCGCUACCAUCUACACGUUCACGUCAUCCCCGCUCUGGCAUACGUCUCUUGGGCUAUCACCAUCCUCGCAUCUGUCUCCAUCGUCUGGUCGGAAUGCGUGCGCGAAGCCCAGGACUUUGGUGGGCCCAAACUUUCCAUCAUCGGCUGGACUGUGGUACACCGCCACGACAACGGUCGGUCAUCAGUUGGCUUCAACAGCCAGAUCAUUGCCGCUGCCUGGCUAUGCUACAUGUGUAUUUGUGCCUUCUACAGUCUUACCGAAGUCAAGAUCUGGGGCAACCGAGCACUUGUACGAAGGAACACAUACCAAGAGUCCGCGACCUGGUACGGUCUGCAAGUCGCCAAACUUACAGUCCCCCUAAGCUACAACUUCCUCACCAUGACAGACAAGAACAUAUGGAAAGGCACCAUGUUCUACAAGUUCCUUGGUCGCCUCAUCGUCCUCACACCCCUCGGCGAAGGCUUCAGCGCCUUCUUCCCCAUCUUCAUCCUCGUCCCCGUCUUCGCCACAGCCUUCGGUCUCUAUGGCAAAGUAAAGAACAUCUGUGGCUUCGGCGACCUUCUCGACGACGAAGAGGAUUCAGCAGGAAACUACGCCGGCACCGGUUCCUGGCGCGAAGGCCGCGCAUUGAUCGACCGCGAAAUCCAAGGCGCAAGUGGAAACGUCCUCGGUCUUUCUCAACGAAGCUCCACCAGCCCGCCGAACGAACGCUACACAGAUAACCCAGCACCAUCGUCAUCGUCGAAUCCCCCUACAUCCACUGCAGCGGCAGCCACUAGCGGCCCAAGCACAACGCGCCCCGACCGCCGCCGCCCACAACUCGACGACGAAGAAGAGGAAGGCAAUUUCUUCGAAAACUUCGCUUCAAGAGUCAAAAACACAUUUGAAACAAACGAUUUCUCCUUCCCAAGACCGAAGUGGCUGGGUGGCGAUGACGAUGAGGUUGAGGCUGGACGUAGUAGCAGAAGAACGCAAUUAGAUAGAGGUGAUGGGGAGCGCGGAAGUGGGUUUUUGGGCUUGUUUGGUGGGAGGGGGGAUGAGGGGAGGGUGAGGUUGUAGAUGUUCGUUGUAAGAGUAUUUGUUUUGAGGAUGAGUGCGGGAUUGUUGGGCAUUGCGAUGGCGUUUCUAUCGUUCUGGAUUAGAUCAUGGGAUUGAGUGGGUGUAUGAGUAUUGGGUAUACAGGACUAGACAUUUUGUUCUGCGCUGUUGCGCUUAACGUAUUUAAUAUAAGGUAUAUUUUGUCCUCCACGGUAGGUGCCUCGCGUAGCUCACCGGUGACGCCUUCCUUGGCCUCAGCCUGAUGUAGCUGCUUGGACGUUCCGCUCAUUGGUACAAGCCGCUUGUGGCCAAUCAAUCAAAAGCAGUAGCCCCAAACCCCUCUCAGCAAUCAGGCAGCGACAUCUU